GUUGUUAGUUACUUGUUCACCGACAACAGUACAGUACAGCGAACACACUCAACAUCCAGCACAACCCUCUUGACUCUGCCAUCACUACGGCUUUUUUCCCCCAAUAGUCUGUCUACCUUUAAACCUCGUACCAGGCGGCCAUUCGAAUCACAUAUUUCAGCGCGAAAAUAGCAAAAGGAGGAGAAUAUAAGCACAAUGACCGAAGCAGCAGCCGUCUACCCUCCCCUUGAGGCCAGGCCGCUCAAGAACACCAUUUGCCUCUUCGAUGUUGAUAAGACAUUGACUCCAGCGAGAGGGACCGUUUCACCUGAAAUGCUGCAGUUGCUCUCGCAAUUAAGACAUAAAUGCGCCAUUGGAUUUGUGGGCGGAUCCAACCUACCCAAGCAACAAGAACAACUAGGCAGUGCCACAGUCGAUGUUACCUCCCUCUUCGACUUCUGCUUUGCAGAAAAUGGGCUCACGGCCUAUCGCCUAGGCAAACCCUUGGACUCCAACAGCUUCAUCAAGUGGCUGGGCGAGGAAAAGUAUCAGAACCUCGUAGACUAUUGCCUGCGAUACAUCGCCAGCGUGAAGCUCCCGAGGAAGCGGGGAACGUUUGUGGAAUACAGAAAUGGAAUGGUCAAUAUUAGUCCUGUGGGAAGAAGUGCGAGCGCGGAGGAAAGAGAUGAAUUCGAGGAAUAUGACAAAGUACACAACAUCCGGAAAACCCUCGUGGAGGGUCUGAGAAAGGAAUUUGCCGAUUACGGCCUUACCUUCUCCAUUGGCGGCCAAAUAUCCUUUGAUGUCUUCCCCACCGGCUGGGAUAAGACAUACUGUCUACAACACGUUGAGGCGGAGAAAAAUAUAAGCGGCGUCGAGUACACCACCAUCCACUUCUUCGGCGAUAAGUGCUUCGAGGGAGGAAAUGAUUAUGAAAUUUACGUAGACCCUCGGACCAUUGGGCAUGAAGUCACGGGCCCGGAUGACACAAUGAAGCAGCUGAGAGAGCUCUUCAACCUAUAAGGGGAAUCAAGGACUCGUGGGUUGGAAGUGUUUGUUGGGUAAGUAUUGAAGGGGGUAACUAUAUAUGCAAGAUAUCAACAUAGAGACACAGAUUCCCUGCAGCAAGCUACAUGUGCAUUAUGACGAUUCAGCGAGAACGUUAGACCGAUUUCCUUCAUAUCUCAUGGCACUUCCAGGUCUUAUGUGAUUGGGAGCAAGCUUUUGGAGCAUUUUCGAUAUGGGGACACUUAACGCUCCUCAUUUCAAUAUUCCCAAGUACACGAGAAAUAGCCAUGUGUAGAGGGGGACAUAUCCAUCGUGUUGUUUAUACGUAGCGUAGUAAUAUUUAUCAUAAACAAAGCUGUAUUCAAAAUACGGAAAUAUUACUCGGCACUGAGAUAGUAAGAUAGUAAUAAACACCUUUUAUUUUAAUUGUAGCAAA